GUGUCAGCGAGAGCUGCAAGGGACGAGAGCUCUACAUUCUGACAGGAGAACGCACUGCACUGCUACCUCGCCGCUCUCCACACGAAACAUAGGCAGGUGACCAAAUAAAAAAGACACUUUAUUUUAUUUUGUAUUUAUUUAUUUAUUUAUUUAUUUAUUGUUGGAAUACUGAAAAAAAGAAGCCAAGAUGCCGAGAGGGUUUUUGGUAAAGCGGACGAAGAAAGCCGGCCCGGUGUCUUACAGGGUACGCAGCAGUGUCGAGGAUGAAAGUGCAAUGCAAAAGUUUACUUCCGUCAUCUCCUCGACUUGGGCUCGCUGUCCGGAUACCUGGGAACGAAGCGCCGCUGCUCCUACUGCGCCUUCUUCCCUCGCUAGCUGCCGCCUGGUUACGGCAAACACCCAGAGUGUGAAAAGCCGGAUACAGUUUGGGGGGAUGCCAGAGGCCCUCUGCGCCCCGUCAUUGAGUCCAAACCGACCGGUCAGCACAGAGUACCCGCAGCAGUACCCGUCCACCGGGGCAUACCUGGACAGAAAACGCAACUCCAGCUCUCCCAUACAAGCCGAGUCUUUCCCAGAGCCGAGCCCAAAUUCAUUCACAUCGCUAGGCGGCGCAGACAUGGCUUUCCUGCCUCCCCUAGCCGACAUGGCCACCAAACUGGGCUUCGUAUGCAGCCGCGCAUCAUCCUCAGAACACCCGCGAUCACUGAAGAGACGAGCCGCCGCUGAACCCAAAGCGAAACAGCCACAUUCCAAAAAAGCCAAGACUACCGCCGCCCACAGCAGCAGCAGCAGCGAAAAAAACCUGAAAGACGAGGUCACCACGUCUCCUGUUCUGGGUUUACGCAUCAAGGAAGACCCCGAGGAAGAUUCCAAGCCCCGCUCCAAUAACGGCAGCCCGCUGGGCAAGUUCAUCUGCCAGCUGUGCAAAGAAGGGUACUCAGACCCGCUCUCCCUGGCGCAGCACAAGUGCUCACGCAUCGUCCGGGUGGAGUACCGCUGCUCAGAGUGCGACAAGGUGUUCAGCUGUCCGGCUAACCUGGCUUCUCACAGGCGCUGGCACAAACCCCGCAGCGCCCAGCUGGCUGCCCCCUCAGAUACCUACUCGAACACAUCCUCUCCCGGGCGGCACAGCCUGCUCCUCCCGCACCCGACCAACAAGUCAGGCCGGGAAGCCAGCACGCCAUCCCCGCAGCCUUCAGAUUCGGGCUCUGAUGAGGAGCUCGUGUUCUUUGACUGCCCGCAUUGCUCCAAGAAAUUCCGCAGACAGGCUUACCUGAGGAAGCACCUUGCCGUCCACAACAGACCGAGCGCAGUCUCGCAACAGAGCCAGCAAGCGGCUGCUGAAAACAUCUUGGAGAAAAAGCCCCGACUUAACCAGGGCACCCCCCAGUUCGCCACCGCCGCGGCCGCUACCGCUCCUAUCUACCUCGGCAGAGACGCGCUGCUGCAGCCCUCCGCGCCAAUGAGAAUUCUGUCCGCAGUAGUCGCAGCCCAGGCUGCAGAGGUGUACCCGUGCCGGUUUUGCCCUGAGAAGUUUUUCUCCUCUCCCGGAUUAACACGGCAUAUUAACAAGUGCCACCCCACAGAAACCAGACAAGUGAUUCUGCUAACGCAGUCUGCUGUGUAGAACUCUCUCUCUCUCUCUCUCUCUCUCUCUCUCUCUCUCUCUCUCU